AUUUCUCGCUUAGUCAUUCGUAUAUUUGUGUUCUUACUAGUUCAUUCACAUUCCAGGCUCAGCAAAGGAUACAAAUACACCCCAAUGAAUUUAGUUCAUCUUAUUCGAAAUUUCACUAGCACUGGUUCAGCCCCCAAAGGCAAAGCAGUCCACGCCAUGCUUAUCAAAUCUUGGGCAACCCCAGAUGUUUAUACCCAUAACCAUUUGAUCACAAUGUACUGUAAAACCAAUCAUAUUAAAGAUGCCCGCCAACUGUUUGAUGAAAUGCCUCAACGAAACGUUAUUUCUUGGACAACGUUAAUUUCGGCUUAUUCUCAACUGGAUAUGUCUGUUGAGGCUUUAGAUUGUUUUAGAUUAAUGGUGGUUGAUGGUUUUGUACCCAAUCAGUAUACUUAUGUAAGCGCGUUAUCCGCGUGUUCUAACUUAGGGGUUUUGAGAAUUGGUAAACAAGUUCAUGCUAGGAUUAUUAGGUUUGAAGAGAAGUUAAAUAGUUUUGUGGAGAAUUCUUUGGUUAACUUUUAUGGGAAAUGUGGGAUGCUAAAGGAUGCAGUGUCGGUUUUUGAUGGAAUUUUGGAACCGAAUGACGUCUCUUGGACUUCACUUGUUUCGUGUGCGUGCCAGUGUGGAGAAAAUGUUGAAGGGUUGAAGAUUUUCUCGAGAUCGCAUAAGGCUGCGGUUAAGGUUAAUGAAUUCGCUUGUGCAUGUGUGUUAGGUGCAUGUGCGAGUGAAGAGAAUAUGGAGGUUGGUAUGCAAGUACAUUCAUAUGCCUUAAAAUGUGGAACCCGAAUCGACCCGUUUGUUGUGACUGGCUUGGUCAAUCUGUAUGCAAAAUGUGGUGACCUGGACUCGGCUCAACGAGCGUUUAGUGAGGUAAACGAGCCCCAUUUGACUGCCUGGACUUCUUUGCUUUGGGGUUAUGUUCAAUAUGGAAAAAGUAAGGAAGCCAUUAAUCUUUUCCAAAAAUUGCUUGCUUCGGCUGAUACACCAAAUGAAAGAACCCUGGCUACUAUUUUUGGAGCUUUCAUUGAUCCAAAUGAAAUUGAGACAGGGAAACAACUUCACUCGUUAAUUAUAAAACUUGGAUAUAUAUCUUUUACAGUUAUAGGGAACUCGGUUAUGGACUUCUACUUUAAAUCCGCCCUUUUCGCAGAAGCUCUGAAGGUUUUUGAAGAGAUGAAUGAACACGAUGUUGUCACAUGGAAUGCACUUAUUUCUGGACAUAUAAAUUCGGGCUGUUAUGAAAAAGCUGUUGACUUUCUGCAUGAAAUGUUAUCAAAAGGCUUUGAGCUUAAUCUAUACUCAUAUUCAAGCAUUUUGAACAUAUGUGGCGAUCUACCUGCUAUCGAGUGGGGUAAACAAACUCAUUGUUGCAUCAUCAAACUCGUAGUUGACUCAAACGUUGUGGUUGGUAGUGCACUUAUCGAUAUGUAUGCAAAGUGUGGACGAUUAUCAAAUGCUCGUAUUGUUUUUGAUAAUUUUCAUUUCAAAAACAUCAUUUCUUGGAAUACAAUGCUCGUGGGAUACGCCCAUCAUGGUCAUGGUGAAAAAGCUUUAGAAAUAUACAAUAUGAUGUUAGAUUCGGGAGUAAAACCUAAUGACAUUACAUUCAUCGGCGUUUUAUCUGCUUGUGGUCAUUCGGGACUUUUAGAAGAAGGGUUGCACCACUUUAGUUCUAUGACAAAAGAUUAUGGUAUAACCCCAAGAACUGAUCACUUGGCGUGUAUGGUGAAUCUUUUUUCGCGUAAAGGGUUAACAAAAUUAGCUUUUGAUUUUAUAGUAAGUUUUCCCGGGAAACCUGAUAAGGUGGUUUGGAGGUGUCUUUUAUCAGGAUGCAAAACAAACAAAGAUUUUGACUUGGGAAAAUAUGCUGCUGAGAAAAUACUUAGUAUUGAUCCAGAUGAUGUUUCGGCCCAUAUUAUGUUGUCUAAUAUUUAUGCAGAGUCAAAAAUGUGGAAUGAAAUAGCUAAAGUUAGGAAACUCAUGAAAGAGAGGGUGUUGAAAAAGGACAGCGGACAUUGUUGGAUUGAGUUGAUGAACAAGACAUAUUUGUUUUCUUCGGUCCAGGAUGCCGGUUCUGAAGGGCAUUUUGUAUCUGAAGUAUUAAACAGAUUGACAGAACAUCUGUUUGAUGAAGGUUAUGUACCCGGGGUGGUGUAGCCGAAUCACUUUUUAUGAAAUGUUGAACUCUGCAUGUUCUAUACCUUUCACAAUGAACUUUCAAAGAUUUGUUUGAGCUUAUUUCAAAGCUCCUUGAAUACAAAAUAUACAAUAUGCACAGCGAAUAUAUCAAUGUAGCGUCUGAGCAAUUGAAAGCAUCUCUGGGAUCUGUCUAAUGUUAGAUUUGAGAGAUAUCGUUACUGUACUGUGAUUGCUAUUUGCUAGCACCAGAUUUUAUUUCAGAAGUAUUGUACAUUUUUACUGGUAUCCCCGAAGGGCUUUUUUGUAUCUUACUAAAAUAAUUAUAGAGGUAUGGAGGCAGCUUGUGGAUUCAAUGCAACUAAUGCUUUGGACAUAUCUCCUUGAAUUUCCAUGCUAUAUCUUGCAUUUUUUCAGUUUCAGGCUCUGGUGUUUUUGGUUCUUCAGUUAUUGGUUCACGCAAAACUGUGCAUCUUUACUGUAGUUAUUCUCUGCUGGAGGUAAUGGCAUUGGCCUACUGAUCACGGGAGGGGUUGUAUGUGUUGCAUAUGGUGCAUCUGAAACCACCAUUCUCUUCUCUUCUGGUCCUGGCAAGGCAAGGCAUGCACUGUAGCAUACAUAUAUUGCUUAUAUUACAAUCACUUGGGCUUUACUAGGCUGGGCACUUUGAUGGUUUCAAACUCCACUGUUUGAUCUUCUGCUUCUGAAUUUGACCCCGAGCUAGAUCUAAUUUCCUCAACAGUUCGGAUUGUCGAUGAGUCAAGGAUAUCUUGUGACAAAAUCACUUCAUCUGAUGUCCUGUUGUGCUGAUAUGCAGCCGAUUUUGUGAAGUGUUACGAUGCCUUGUGUGCUCAUAUGAUUCACAGGGUGCAAAGGAGCUUAGGUUAAAUGCACGCUGCCUUCCAAUUUUAUUAUGAGUUAUCAUCAUGGUAUCACUUGGUAGAACUGCUUGAGUCGACUCUUCAACUAAUGCACGUGUGCCAUCUUGGCUGGGUAUUUCGUUGGUGCAUGUUGACUUAAAGGAGAACUUUGCGGCAAGAGACAUGAAGGCCGAACUGUAGACAAUGGGAAUGAAUUAGAUAUUGGUUUUCACUAUUCUCAAGCUAGUCAAAUUACAUAUUAGAGGUUGCAAAUUGGGUAGAUCAGGUAAUAUGUCAAAAAUGGUCAUCUAUUGUAGCUCAAGACUUGCAAGCAUUUUU